GUGCAGUCACCAGUCAGGGCAUCAUCUACGUUAGUCGUUGAGAUUUCACUGUAAACAAGUAGAACUUGGAAGUGGUGCGGGAGUAGCAGUGCGGUGGUUUCAUCAGUCCAACUGGAGAUUCAGCUAUAAUGGCGCUGGAAACUUUACAAAAGGAACAAACUUUGAAAAUGCGCAAACAGCUGAUCGGGCAGUCAUGCCGACUCUUUUUCUCCCAUGACCCAGUGAAAAUAGUGAGAGCACAAGCACAAUAUUUAUACGAUGAGAACGGGAUGCAGUACUUAGACUGCAUUAGCAAUGUGCAGCAUGUGGGUCAUUGUCACCCCCACAUCACUCAGGCUGCAGCAGCUCAAAUGGAGUUACUUAAUGCAAACACCAGGUUUCUCCAUGAUAAUAUAGUCCAGUACGCAAAACGCCUUGCAGCCACUCUACCAAAGAAGCUAUCCGUCUUCUAUUUUGUCAACUCAGGCUCAGAAGCAAACGACCUCGCCUUGCGUUUGGCCCGUCAGUACACCCAAAAUGAAGAUGUUAUAGUUUUAGAUCAUGCAUAUCAUGGCCAUCUUACCAGUCUUAUUGACAUAAGUCCUUACAAGUUCCGGAAGCUGGCAGGCCAAAAAGAAUGGGUUCAUGUGGCACCAGUCCCUGAUACCUACAGGGGUCUGUACCGUGCAGAUCAUCCCAACCCAGCCGAAGCUUAUGCAAAUACUGUUAAGAAUCUUAUUGAUGAAGUACAUAAAAAAGGACGUAAGAUUUCAUCUUUCUUUGUAGAGUCCUUACCCAGUGUUGCUGGACAGAUCAUUUUGCCUCUAGGAUACUUUCAAAAAGUUGCACAGUAUAUACGGGCAGCAGGAGGCGUUUUUGUAGCUGAUGAAGUUCAGACUGGCUUUGGUCGUGUGGGAAGCCACUUCUGGGCUUUUCAGCUCCAUGGUGAAGACUUCUGCCCUGACAUUGUGACUAUGGGCAAACCAAUGGGCAAUGGGCACCCUCUGUCAUGUGUGGUCACCACAGAGGAGAUAGCUGCUGCCUUUACUGACAAUGGAGUCGAGUAUUUCAACACUUUUGGUGGAAACCCGGUGUCCUGUGCAAUUGGCCUUGCAGUACUCGACGUGAUCGAGAAAGAGGACCUGAGAAGUAACGCAGUCCAUGUUGGAAAUCAUUUAAUGAAGCUCCUUCGAGAGCUCCAGGCUAAACACCAAAUUAUUGGAGAUGUGCGUGGUGUAGGUCUCUUUGUGGGCUUUGAACUGGUUAAAGACAGAGUUGAUCUUACACCAGCAACAGAAGAAACAGCACUGCUUGUUAGGAGGCUAAAGGAGAAAUAUAUUUGCUUGAGCACAGAUGGACCAGGGGAAAACGUUGUCAAAUUUAAACCCCCCAUGUGUUUCAGCAAGCAGGAUGCUGAAAGGGUCACUGAACAUAUCGAUCAAAUACUCACAGAAAUUGAAGGUGGCCUGUAAGACCUGGACAACAGAAACACAUGAUCAACGAAGAAACAGACAAUAUAGAAGAAGAAACAAGGACGUGAAACACAACAGUUUUUUUUACUCUAUAAUUAUACUUUGAGCAUGUGUAUCAUUUUAUAAUUUACAUUUUAUAAUUUACAUUUGCCUUGCUUUCGGUCUCCUCUGAUUUAAAAGGGGAAACAAAAAACUUUAAAACACAAGCUUUUUAACAUUUACAUUUAUAGCAUUUGGUAGACACCCUUAUCCAGGGGCACUUUCAGUUAUUUUAUACAACUUAGCAGUUUACGUUUAAGGGCCUUGCUCAGGGGAAAAGCAGUGUCAGCUUUAAGAUACUGGGAUUUGAACUUUUUUAAUGAAUUUUACAUCAUUUACAAUAUUAAAGAAUUUUCUUGAAAUCUUGAAAAAUUUAUAAUAAAAACUUCAAAAUUGUCUUUAAUAAGUCUUCAACAAUGUCUUUGCACUUUCGCAAUGUCUUCUGCAUUUUAUUUACUAUAUCUGUUGAAAGAUGCAGCAUUUAGUGUUUUCAGCAAGAGUCAGUUUGCUUAGCGUAUUUCCAAGAGAGGAACAAUCCAGUGAUUUAUUGUUCAUAGACUUUUAUACAAAAUUGUCUUGUGUUGAAUCAGGAACCUGCACAAAAAAAGAAAGCAUUGUGUGCAUAAGCCAAAGAUGAUUAAGAAGUCUUAUUAAUCUAUAGCUACCAAUAAUUGUGCUAUCCUUCUACACAGUGUUUGUAAAGUCAAAAACUACUGAGAAAUACAUAUCGACUGUACACAUACUUAAGUUUGUAUUUAUUAAUCAUAUUAAAUGUCUAAAUUUU